CUUGCAAAUAACUAUAAAUGUGAAAACCAUAAUAUGCUGAUAACGUCCUUUAGCUGCCAAUCAUGUGUGUGGUUGGCAUUCCUAGCCCUCAACACUUGUAUGGCUUAUCAAAACACUAAUGCGAAUAAUAAUAUACUACAGCAACAAACUAAUGUUCCUUUAACACAAACUACUAAUACACUCUAUCCACAAAGACCAUCACCAGAACAUGAUGAAUCUAUUAGGGUGGUGGCUGGAGAGCCCAAAGUGUCAGCCCUUAAUAUACCAGCCGUAAAUAUUGUUAAACAGAAAGUGCCUUUACAAUAUAAUAAUGCCACCAUAGAAUUGCUGCCAGCUAGCAUAAUAACCCAAGUGGCUAACAGUGCUGGCCCGGGGGCCGUGGUAAACACGCAGUUUUUACAGACGCCCGCAAAUGCUUUCUUUAGCAAUUACAAUAGUCAACAGAAUGUCAGACAAUUGCUGAGGAAUAUCGAUGAACGUUUAAAAAAUAUGAGAAAUGUGGAAAUGAGAGUGGCCAAAAUACAGGAAAUUUUCGAUUCUAUGCAUUUUUCCUCUUCCGCUUCAUUGGCAUUUAGUAGAAAUCAUUCCUUAACCACUGAGAAAUCUGCAGAUAUUUCUUUGGAUGUAAAAAUGCAGCAGGAUUUACUAUAUUUUAGCAAACGUUUGGCUUUGAAAUUGGAAAAGGCUUUACAUAUAGUCCAGGAUCUAAGAGAUUAUUUUCAAACCAAUAUUACACAAAUAAUGCAAUUCACCGCCGAAUAUGAAGAAGAUCUAGAUGAGGAGGACGAAGAGGAGGGUGAGGUGGAACCAGAGUUUGAUAUGGAAUUGAAUGAUAUCGAAAAACCUUUAAGUCCCCACAUAAAACCUUUAUAUCUAAACACUUUCAUACAGUCCUGCUAUGAAACAGACUCUUCUAGCUUUGCCACGGCCACCGAGAGUUACAAUAAACAACAAAUACAAAUACUUAAUUAUGAUAAGACUGAUUAUCCCCGACCCAUACGCAACUUUAUAGACACCUCUUUGCUCAAUGAGAAUAACGAAUUAACUUUGGAGGCCAAUGCCUAUAUAAAAGAGAAAAUCAAAACCUUAAAACUAUCCUUGCUGAAAAAUGAACUCAAAACACCCUGGAAUAUGGAGAAAUUUCAAAACAAUAAUCCCAAAUAUUUGGGCAAUCAUAUAAAACAUAUAUAUUUUUUAUCACGCAGUGAUGAUGCCAGCGAUUCCUAUAUGAAAUUCUACAAUGAUUUGCAUUUUCGUUAUCUCUACACCUCGGCCAUACAAAGUAAAUAUGUGUUUUUGCUGUUGGAUGUGGGUUCGGCCAUGAGUGGAGAGCUGUUGGAAUUGGCCAAAACAUACAUAUCAAAUAUUUUACAAUUACUGUCGCCCAAUGACUUGAUUUCGUUGGUGUGUGUUUCCGAUGAAAUAGAAAAUAUGCUGUUAUUGGAUGCCUCCUCUUAUGAUGCGGCCAAUGGUCUGUAUCCCACAACACGUGAACGCAAAGAGGAAAUUUUGAAUUAUAUAAAUAGUUUGACAUUGAGCAGGGCUUUGACCAAUCACUCGUUGGGAUUCGAAUACUCAUUUCGUAUGAUAUCAAGAUUGCAAAAUGCCAGUUUGUUAAAUUCACAGAAUCCCAUAGAAUUUGUGUACAUAACACGAGGAUUAUUGAUAAAUUUCUCCGAUUCUAGGCAUGUUUUGAAUGUAAUGGCCAAGGGUCAAAGGUCAUUGCAAAAACCAAUUAUUAUAAAUGCUUGUGGUGUGGUAUUGGAUGAAAAACGCAUUAUGUAUGAAAAACAAUUUCUAACUGAAAUAUCCUCACAAAACUAUACCAAAUAUGAUAUAGACAUCAAGGAUUGGUAUAAACCCGAACACAUUUUGACGGGCAAACUGUUUAUGCUGACAAAAACCCAACAGGAUGUGAUAAUACAAGCAGCCACAGCAAUAUUUGCCAAAGAUUUCCAAGAGCCUCAUAUACAAAAGACCUGGCAGGUGCAUACACCCAUAGUGGAAGCCAAUAGUAGAGAUUCUAUAGUAUCCAUUACCCAUGCUGUAUUGCCAUUUGGUGUGGUUGGUGUCGAUUUAUAUUUGUCCGAUUUGAUAGAGGACAUCAUUAGUUAUCAACAGCAGCAACAGCAAUUUUCUAUGAACAGUAAAAAUGAGUAUUCCUAUGCUUUUCUUAUCGAAGCCGAUGGCAAUACUCUAGCCCACCCAGCCUUUCCUAGGCCAUUUACACAAAAUCAAACCCCCUUUCCGGUAGACAUACAAUAUUUGGAAAACUCCACCGAAUUUUCAGCCAUCAGACAGAAAAUUUUAAACGAGGAAAAUGGUAAUGUUUCAACCUCUAUAUUUUUUACUAAAAAUGGUAAACGCGAAAAAUAUCUGCGAUCCUAUCAAUGGCAUAAUAUAUUGGGUAUUUACAUAUUGUGCAUGGUCAAUACUAGGAAAUAUGAAGACACUACCAACUCUACAAACUCCAAUAAAGAAACAAAACAUGUUACAGCCGCCUUGCCAGCACCUUUGCCCUUGACUCUAAAACAUUUUUCUUCAAAAAACAAUAUUCCCCUUUACCAUCACCAAGCAGAAGACUAUGAGGAGUAUUAUACCAGCAUAGAUUUAAUGUAUCAUCGUUUGGACUUAUUGCCAGCUAGAGAUUCAACUAAUCUUUGUCGUUAUUUUCGGCAAAUAGCCACCCUGGAUGCGGCCACUUUGUUUUUAAGCUCUCUAGCCUUUGAGUCGCCGUUUACAUUCCUACACAAUAAUCGCAUGAGUUCGGCCCAAUCACAAUUGCAUACGGUGGAAAGUAUAAUGGCUUAUUUAAAAGACACCACCGGUUUGCUGGCAAAUCCUGGCCUUAGACCUCAAAUCAGGCAAGAAGUGAAUGCUUUGUACAAUGCCAUGCAACAUUUGAAAAAGCGACACCAGGAUGCUAGAGGUUCUUUAAAGAACUACAUAAUACGCCGCUAUAUUGCCUCGGUCAAUGGCGUAUUGCAGGUUUUCCCCGGCUGUUUGCUUAACAACAACUAUGAUCCCUCACAAAGACCCUGGUAUCGUAAGGCCAUACAGCAUCCCGGUAAAAUAAUAACCACAGAACCUUAUUUGGAUGCCGCUGGUUCUGGUUAUAUUAUAACCAUUGCCCAUACCAUAUUUGAGGGAAAAUCAAAUGCUUUACAUUCCAUAGAACGUGACCAGCCAGUGGCCAUAGUGGCUUUAGAUUUGCCCUAUGCCUAUUUCUACAAAAUUAUUUUAGAUUCCACUCCCCUGUGUCAAAUGCACAAUAUCAAGUGUCUGCUCUUUGAAAAUGAGGGUUAUCUGAUAGCACAUCCUUCCAUGAUGGAGCCAAAGUCCAGCAUAAAAAAUCAAAGAAGGCCUCAUGAACAUUUGACUCAUAAAGAGUCAUAUUUGGCCAAUGAUAUUUUGAAUCAUAAGAACCUGGUGCGUAAAUUGGCCUGUGCCAACUAUCAAAAUCGUACACUGCAACGUUAUUAUGUGUUUAAUACCUCGCUAAAUGAGAUUUUAACCAAUGUGGUGCAUGGCGAAAGAACCAAAUACGCCAUAGCUUUACUUAAAGGCAGCAAUAUAUUCGCUGCUGUGCUCAACUCCACCUGUGAUGGUGGUGCAUUUUGUCCCUGCAGUACCAUAGAUCGUCAGUGUUUGAAUUGUAAGCGCAUGGAUCAGUCUGAUUGUGAGUGCCCCUGUGAAUGUCCCAUGCCUUUGAUGCAAACAUUGGAGGAGGAAGAUGACAAUUCGAGCAAAGAACAUUUGUCGUAUUUGAAUAUAACAUAUCAAUAUGAUUACUGUGAACCUCCUUAUGAGCCUUACAUGGCUGAGCCACAGAUUUUGUUGCAGCAGGAAAAUGUUUUGUUGGCCUCCUGUGUGAAUAUAAAUUGUGAUGUGUAUGGUACGCAGAGAGAAUGUUUGGCUGUAAUGGGUUGUGAGUGGUGUCAACAGGAUGUGGAUGGUAAUGGAUUUGCGGCUGCAUUUUGUAGUGCCCAGUCAGCCUGUUUUAAUGGUGUCUUAGCUGGCCUUUCGCCUUAUGGCGAUUUAGAUGAUGCAGACCUACUAGCAGCACAUGGAUAUAACCCCUCGCAAAAGCCCAGCACUUAUUCCGCUUUUGGUCCUGUUGGCGGUGCCAUUAUAGUCUUAGCUAUAGUCAUAGGAUUUGCCAUCUACUGUUAUCGUCAAAGCGUCGAUACGUCUUCGCAGGAGCAAUUUUAUAUGGACUCAAUGCAAGAAGAAAAUUAUGGUCUUCCUUUGUCACGUUUUAAUUUCGAUGACUGUCAGGCUCAUGAUGAUCCUCCCGGUGGACCGAAUGCUGGUGGAUACGAUCAUGCUGCAGCUCAACGAAAUCUUAUGAAUGCGGCCGAUAUAUCACCCUACCACAUGAGUACGGGCAGCAGCUAUAGACGUCCUCCAAAUGGAGAAUCCGAUCAUGGUUAUUCCACCAUGACACCACAUGAAGAUUCUUCCGAUCAUCAGUGUUUUACAUUGGCCGAGCCCUUAUUAUUAAAUGAUAAAAGACACAGUAAAUCAGAUACGAUGUCCAUAUCAACAUCCAUAUCGUCGCCAACCAAUAGGCAACAACAACAAUCACAUUACAAUAGUUUUCCCUCGAAGGAUUCGCGUUAUAACUUAACAUCUCCCAAAAAAUAUCAAUCGCCCAGUAGGGUUUAUGAACAAACAACAAUUCCUUUGCAUCAUCAUCAUCACAACGAUGAUGCUACAAAUGUUGCAGGCGCCACUCAUCUAAUACUAGCACCUGUUACAGUACACAGACACAUGGAAACUUCCGAAUCAUAGCCAUAAUUUGAAAUAAAUUAAAGAGAUUAAGAAUUUUUUAUACAUACAUACAUAUUAUAUACGAGUUGUUUUCUAAAGAUUUAAGUUAAACCGACAAAAAAACAAAACAACAAACUAAAAA